CGCAGUCCCCCUCCCCUAGCUCCCCGCCCCUCUGGGCGGGUCGCGCAUGCGCGUUGCGCCCAGCCCAGCCCGCCGGCCGCGUCCCCAGCAGGCUGUUGCCAUGACGAAGGAGCGUGGGGGGGACCCCCCGGCGGGGGGGGCACCAACCCCCGACCCCCCCAGCCCUGUGGUGGAGCGACGCAAGAAGCCGAUGGUGCACCCUGCUGCCCCCGCCCCCCUGCCCAAGGACUACGCCUUCACCUUCUUCGACCCAAAUGAUGUGGCGUGCCGGGAGAUCCUGCUGGACCCUCACACCACCGUGCCCCAGCUCUUCGCCAUCCUGCGCCAGUGGGUGCCCCAAGUGCAGCACAGCAUCGACGUAAUCGGCAAUGAGAUCCUGCGCCGUGGGUGCCACGUGAACGACCGGGAUGGACUGACGGACAUGACGCUGCUGCACUACGCCUGCAAGGCUGGCGCCCAUGGCGUGGGGGACCCGGCGGCAGCUGUGCGUCUGUCCACGCGGCUGCUGGCGCUGGGGGGGGAUGUGACGCUGCGGAGCCGCUGGACCCACAUGAACGCCCUCCACUAUGCCGCCUACUUCGACGUCCCCGAGCUCAUCCGCACCCUCCUGCGGGCAGCAGCCCCCCGAGUGCUGCACUCGACCUGCAGCGACUUCAGCCAUGGGACGGCACUGCACAUUGCCGCCUCCAACCUCUGCUUGGGGGCUGUGCGCUGCCUGCUGGAGCAUGGGGCCGAUCCUGCCCUCCGGAAUAGCAAGGGUCAGGUGGCGGCCGAGGUGGUGCCGGACCCUAUGGACAUGGCGCUGGACAAGGCGGAGGCAGCACUGGCGGCGCGGGAGCUGCGACAGCUGCUGCUGGAUGCCGUCCCCCUGAGCUGCAGCCUCCCCCGCGUCACCCUGCCCAACUACGACAACCUACCUGGGAACCUCAUGCUCCUCUGCCUUGGCCUCCAGCUGGGCGACCGCGUCCGUGUGGACGGCGGAAAGGUGGGGACCCUGCGCUUCUGUGGCACCACAGCGUUCGCCAGUGGGCAGUGGGCCGGGGUGGAGCUGGACGAGCCCGAGGGCAAGAACGACGGCAGCGUGGGGGGGGUCCGCUACUUCAUCUGCCCCCCCAAACAGGGUGUCUUCGCCUCCGUCUCCAAGAUCUCCAAGGCGGAGGAGCAGCCCCUGGAGCCCCCCCCCCCCCACAGCCCCCUGGGACCCCCGGCCCGAGCCCCCCACAGGGCCCGGAAGGACAAGAGAGCCCCCCGGAAGCGGGGCGGGGCGUGGCUGGACCGGGAGGGCCACCGCGUGGCCCCAGGGGAUGCGGUGCUGGUGGCUGGACAGCGCCCUGGGCGGGCCCGGUUCUACGGGCGCACUGACUUUGCUCCUGGGUACUGGUUCGGGGUGGAGCUGGACUCAGCCAGGGGGAAACACGAUGGCUCGGUUUUUGGGGUGCGGUACUUCUCCUGCCCCCCCAAACAUGGCGUCUUCGCCCCUCCCUCCCGUGUACAGAGGGUCGGGGGUCCCAGGGAGGAGCUGGGGGACAGCGCCCUGGAAAAGAAGGUGCAGCAGGUCACCGUGUCACAGCCCAAGCGCAACUUCCCAGCAGUGCGGACCCCAAAGGACAUCACUUCAGAGAGCUCCUUCUCCAGGUUACUCUUCUGCUGCUGGUUCCCCUGGAUGCUGCGGGCUGAGAUGCAGUCCUAACCCCUUUCCCCCCCCACCUCGCUGGGCCCCUCCCACCACCCCAUCACCCCUCCCCCACCUCCACCCCAAACCCUUUGUGCCGGGCUGUUCACUCUGGAACCUACUGAUUACAGUGACAGGGGGGUGGGGGAGGUGAGUUGAGUUGAGGCCAGCCCCUCCCCCAAC